CUCAGUGGCAGAGACAGUCACCCUCCCAUUAGAUAAGAGACCCCAGAAGUGGAGAGCUGCAUGUGACCGGCCGCAGCCAUGAAUUGCUAGAUGUUGAAGAGCGAACGCAGGAAGAUGAGGCGGCUGGAGAGACCAAAAUAGGAGAGCCGUGGUGUCCCAGGAGAAGGAUGAGAGCGCAGAGAGUGACCUCAAACAUGGCUGCUGCGUGCCCCUUGGCACUGCCGACCCUUCUCUUCUUUGUGCCGCUUCUGCUGUGGCUGGUGGAUCCUACGUUGGGAUACAAACCAGUUAUCAUGGUCCACGGGCUUUUUGACAGUUCCGCAAGCUUCAAGCAACUGGUGGAGUACAUCAACGAGUCUCACCCGGGUACAAAUAUUUCCGUUAUAGACCUGUUUGACCACAAAGCGAGUUUACAGCCACUCUGGAAGCAGGUGAUGGGUUUCAAGGAGGCCAUCUAUCCCAUCAUGCAGAACGCUGGCAGUGAAGGGGUGCACCUGCUCUGCUAUUCUCAAGGAGGAUUAAUCUGCCGGGGUCUCUUGGAGACAAUUCCAGAUCACAAUGUGGACACCUUCAUUGCCUUGUCUUCGCCUCUGAUGGGACAGUAUGGAGACACGGAUUAUCUUCGGUACCUGUUCCCCACCUAUGUGAAGGCCAAUUUGUACAGAUUCUGCUACACUCAGUAUGGCCAGACUUACUCCAUUUGCAAUUUCUGGAAUGAUCCUCAUCAUCACGACAUGUAUAUUAACGCCAGCGAUUUUCUGGCACCAAUAAAUUCUGAAAGGCCGGAACCAAACACUACAGAAUGGAAGAAAAACUUCCUACGUCUCAAAAAAGUGGUUCUCGUAGGAGGGCCUGACGAUGGCGUCAUUACUCCUUGGGAGUCCAGCCACUUUGCUUUCUAUGAUGAAAACGAGACGGUGGUGGAGAUGCACCAACAGCAGGUAUAUGAGGAAGAUGCAUUUGGUCUCCGCAGUCUGGAUAAAAAAGGAGCGAUCACAGUCUACUCUGUCCCGGGAGUCGUGCACACAAUGUGGCAUUCUAAUGAGACCGUGUACAAGGAGUGCAUCGAGAAGUGGCUCACGUAAAACCUCAACGUCUACUUCCGCUCAUCACACAUCUGCCGCGUACCUCCUCGAGACCUCUUCUCUGCUGCAGUUUGACUUGGACCUCCUGCACCUUGAGCUUAGCUGUCCCUUCUCAUCGUGCUGUGGUCAGCUGCGGCCCU